CUUGUUUGCAAAACGACCUGAGACCGAACCACGCUUUGCAACUUCCUACUUAGCACUGAGUAGCCCCGGCAGAUGACAUUUGGGGCCUGGCAGUGGACACACUAACCGAGAUAACCUUGCGAGCUAUGGGUGCUCUUGCCGAGCGCCUGUGUGGGGCAGCGGCUUAACAAUUUUUCUCUUCAUUCAGUACCAAUCCGCGAGGACAAGCAAACCACCGCUUUCCAUCCAGUAUAGCUAACUCACUGCCCACCAUUUCGAACGACACGACGUGGAAAUAUCAUGGAAUGACAUAUAAACUGGUUCCUGCCUUUGUUGAUGCCAACACAACACCAUCAACAUCCACUCUCCCGCUGCCAUCAGGUGAUUUCUGCUUGCUUCAGCCCAUGACCUGCCUGCUCAAACAGCCUCCGUUGCAUUGAGAAGCAUUGAAAUCCAACGGAUUCAUUUACCAAUUGACAGGGUAAGAAUGUCAAUUUCUGCAAAACGCUCCAACCGGUUGGCCCAGGGUGAAACUUCCGAACUCUGUGCGUUCCUAGAAUCGACAACUCGGAGAAAAAAGUUUGUUAGUCGAUAUUGCACAGUCAUGGGGCUUUGCGCCUGUGGCUGUCUCGAUGCUUGGUACGGACGGCAGGCCAAUAUUGGAGAACUUAUGUCGUCAAUUAUCGACCGAGAUAGCAGCGAAACCUACGAAGUAGUUCAACGACAUGCACAAAUUGAAACAAAUCGAAAGACCAGGGGCCAAUCAGACAGAGCCUCAUCAAUUCCAACACCUGCAUUCAGGCUUCCCGCUUUGCAGUUUGCACACGCCAAAACACGAUGCAGCAUCAUCUGUCGACGGUUGUUGCGUUCCGCCAGCGACCGUAGCCUCUCAACAAUAUGGUCAGCUGUUAAACAUUUGGGUCUUGACCCCUGUAUGGCACGCGUGUACCAUGGAAAGUUGGUACCGGCGGACCCUCGGCGCGGGACCCUCUUCCGCAAGUGCCGUUGACCGACACGCCCGACCGGUCACGCAAGACCAGCCUCCCAACGGCGCCACAUCC